UUACAUUCCUUUCACAUUUCCACAACUUCAAAGUGUUUCCUUUCAACUGGUACCAAUAAUAUUCAUAUCCUUGCUUCAGGAGCAACAGGCAGUUGGAUUUGGUUAUGUCAUUUUAGGCGAAAAUUGAAAAAUAGUGGCAGAUCCUUAAGAGGUUAGCCUCUUAGGGAUCCCUUAUAUGCCCACUGCACAAAAAAUGGACCAGCCCCUCUGGCAUUUCGGCCAUUGAUGAAUGGUAAUAUCUGCCUUCCCUAGAAUGCCAUGGGCCCAAAGACUGACCUGUCAUCAUGUGGUGACAUUGAGAUAGAAAUGGACGGGACUAGUGAGGGAAAAAGUGGCUGGAUAUCUGCAUUGACUGUGGAGGGAGUUAGCUGCACUGCAGUACAAUGACACUCACAUCCACAUUUUGAUACAUCUUGUGAAUCAUCUGUAAACAAGUUGUUCUAUGAAUAAUGUAUUAACUGCAUCGUUAAUCUGUGUCGUGUCUCCAGAGUUGGGUGUGUGUGGAGAUUCCAAGGGAAACAUGUGAUUCAACCAGCCACCCAAUGUCAACUCCUGGAGCAUGCCUCUCUUUUCCUCUGAUGAAACUGAUUUUCUUUUUUCAAUGAUGACGAUUUGGAUGGAUUCUCCCUCGGCAAACAGUGACAGGAUCAGUGUGACAGAACUGUCCAAAUGUGGGGCAAACAUCAAGGUGUGUUUGUGUGGGUCCUGUUCUAGUCUUGGAGGUGAACCGGCACUGCUCCAGUGAACUGGUGUGGGUGAUGAAGUCAGCUCUACUUCCUCUCCUGUAGAGAACAACCACCCAGUUAGUGUACACACAGUGUACACACAGUCAUUGUAUGCACAUAGCUCCAUACACACACACACACAAUCAUAAUUCACUUACUCUCACAGACAUAUCAGUACUACUGUACUUUUAUGCAUAGUCUCUCAUGUUGCUCAAUCAACUACUCGCUAUCUUCUUAUACACUAUCUGAUAUGCAUACACUUUAUAUCUAAUACCACUACAUUGAGUAUACAAAACAUUAGGAACACCUUCCUAAUAUUGAGUUGCACCCCCCCCUUUUGCCCUCAGAACAGCCUCAAUUCGUCGGGGUGUGGACUCUACAAGGUGUCAAAAGCAUUCCAAAGGGAUGCUGGCCGAUUUGAUUUAUUGACUCCAAUGCUUGAUAUCCUUUGGGUGGUGGCUCAUUCGUGAUACACACGGGAAACGGUUGAGCGUGAAAAACCCGGCAGCUUUGCAGUUCUUUACACACUCAAAACCAGCGCACCUGGCACCUACAACCAUACCUUGUUCAAAGGCACUUAAAUAUUUUGUCUUGCCCAUUCACCCUCUGAAUGGCACACAUACAUAAUCCAUGUCUCAAGGCUUAAAAAUCCUUCUUUAACUAGUCUUCUCCCCUUCAUCUGCAUUGAUUGAAGUGGAUUAAACAGGUGGCAUCAAUAAGGGGUCUUAGACAAUCCAGAUGUAGGCUAUUACAUGGAAAGAGCAGGCAUCCUAAUGUUUCGUGCACUCAGUGUGUAUAUAUGUGCGCCUUCAAAAACCCUAAGAGAAUAACCUCUUAAUGUUAAUCAGCUAUAGUUAAUGUAGUAAGCAAUAGUUACUUGAAAUAUAUAAUUCAAUUACGUUUAUUUUAAGUUUACAUUAAUCUAGUUGCACUCUACAUGCAGACUAGAACAGAACCUCGUUUUUGAUAAUUAUACCAAUUUUGAAGGGCUGUUGCAGUCUUGUAUUUACGGUAGUACAUAUUUAUGUCACGUGUUGAAGGGAAGCGCGAUUGCAAUUGCGCACGCAUCUCACACGCAAUAUUGUUGCAAUUUGUCAACAUUUACUGAUUGUUUGUUGCAUAUUAGCUCGGAAAUUGGAGACUUUACUUAGCACAGAGAAUACAAAUUCUGUAAUUUGGACUGGACAAGAUGGCCAGCUGCAAUUUUCAGGCGCAGUUGGUAUCUAUUAUGGAGGUAUUGGCUAAAGCAGCUGUAGCAGAAAUAAACAAACGAGUUGAUGAUAGCUGUGCAGUUAUACGUUUGGAAAUGACCCAAAGCCAGCGAGAUAUUGAUGUACUGAAAAGGAAGUGUCAAAUGAUGGAAGGCGAGCUGAAGAAGACGCGAGUCAGGAGAAAGGGUAACGUGUUAUUCAUGAUACAUUGAUUGCAUGUACAAAACCCAAAUGUUUUACUAUGUUUUAAUACGACUCAAUUAUUUUCCAGUUUUUUACCCCAUGGCAUCAGCAAGAUCUUCAUAUCCAGUCAAGAUUGUUUUGAACAAGCAGAGGAGUAACUCACAGUGGAGAGAUGGAGAGGACUCUCAACCCCAGCCUACAGAUGUGGAGCAGAGAGCAGAGACUGAACCAAUACUGAUCAAAGAUGAGGAGACGGCAGAGGAUGUGUGGAAGACUGACCUUCAGGAAGAGCUCAGGAUCACUGGAGAGGAGUCUGGUUCCAAGCCUGGGCAACCACCAUCCUUUGAGCAACGGCAUUGUGAUGUGGACUUCAUCACACAACCCAACAUAUCUCCUGAAGACUCAGUGGAACAUUACCCCAAUUCUGAUGGUCCAGAGGAACCAGGCACACCCCGGCUCACAUCUACAGACGUUUUCAGCACAGAGCAGCACCGGCCAGAUGAGGACUCACAAGAUCUAGUGAUGGUGAAGGAUGAGAAAGAGGAGGAGCUGGAUCAGACCACGGCCCUUACAGGACCUGACCAGUUUGUCAUGGAUGAGACUAAUGGGCAGCUGUGGACCUCUGUGGAUCCAGGCAGAGAUACUGACCCCGAUGGCCACCAAAUGUUCUCAUUUCAUGCCUCAGAAGAGUACUCUCAGAAUAUCUCUUUUUUCCCAUCUCAUUGUGGUCUGCCAACCCUGCCUACUAUGACAGAUGGUGUAGGGCCAUCGGUUCAUUCUAGAGGGAAACCACACGCUAACAUGUUCAGUGCAGCAGCACACAUGAAAAGACAUGUCAGGACAUUGGCUGAUGAGACUAGACAACAGACGCCAGAAGAACAGAGCAGUGAGACGCUGAACUCAAAUAAUGAUGGAAAUAGUUUAGCUUUACAGCCAAGGCAGCAUCAGCACAGGGCUUCAGAAGCAACAGUGAGAAUGAGUGAGUGCAUGACAGGGUCAAACAUGGCCACCACCUCCACCUUCUCUGGAUACAGCCUGAGUCGCAGUAGUUUUAACAUGGUGAAGAGAAUGAGGACUCAGUGGAGGUCGGGCGGCACCACUGAGAGGCGUUUUAGAGAGAAACCGCACACCUGCGAACAGUGUGGCAGGAGUUUCACCAAGCAGUGGAACCUGAUCAGACAUGCUGUGGUCCACAGCGGGGAGAAGCCCUACGAGUGCUCACAGUGUGGGAAAUGCUUCACCCGGCGCUCCAGUAUGAAGUCACAUCAGAGAACUCACAUAGGAGAGAGUCCAGUGUCUCAACAUGUUGUACCCCGAUACCCCUUGGAUCCACAUACAAGUUUAAUGUUGUCUCAGGCCAGGUGGAAUAAAUAGGGACAUAAUUGCAUACUUUCUAUGUGAAAAUGUGGUCGGUAUUUAGAAGGUACAGAGACAUUUUACAAUAUUUUUCUCCCAAUUGAUUUGUGAAAUGCUUUGUCUGUUGAUGGCUCCUCACUUUCAUUUUAACAACCUAUUUACAACUGGUAAUGUGUUUUUGCCCAACAAAAUCAUAAACAUGUUAUAUUCAUUAAAAUAAAAAUCAUGAAAGAGUC